GUCCCGCCCAUUCUGAUUCCGUCAUCACCCUCCUCAGCGACGGGGGUUGGUUGAGAGUCCGCGUGGCGGAGAGGGAACAACAGAGCUGACAGCAGCGCGCGACUCCAGUCACGUCAAGGGGAAGAUGGAGCAGCACACAGGCGCCGCGGAGUUCAACAUCUUGUUAGCUACUGACUCCUACAAGGUCACACAUUACAAACAGUAUCCACCCAACACCAGCAAGGUAUACUCUUACUUUGAGUGCCGCGAGAAGAAGACAGACCCUACCAAGCUCAGAAAAGUCAAAUACGACAAAACGGUCUUCUAUGGGCUUCAGUACAUUCUCCACAGAUAUUUAAAAGGACAGGUCGUCACACGAGAGAAGAUUCAGGAAGCAAAAGAGGUGUACCGGGAACACUUUCAGGAUGAUGUGUUCAAUGAAAAAGGAUGGAAUUACAUUUUGGAGAAAUACAACGGUCACCUGCCCAUCGAGAUCAAGGCUGUGCCGGAGGGAAGCGUUAUCCCGCGUGGGAAUGUGCUGUUCACCGUAGAAAGCACAGAUCCGGAGUGCUACUGGCUCACUAACUGGGUAGAGACUAUCCUGGUUCAGAGCUGGUAUCCCAUCACCGUCGCGACAAACUCACGAGAACAGAAGAAGAUUCUGGCCAAAUAUCUCAUGGAAACGUCAGGAAGCCUGGAAGGACUGGAAUAUAAACUGCAUGACUUUGGCUACAGAGGGGUUUCAUCUCAAGAGACGGCUGGUAUCGGCGCAUCUGCACACUUGGUAAACUUCAAAGGAACAGACACCGUGGCCGGAAUCUGUGUCAUCAAGAAGUACUACGGCACCAAAGACCCGGUUCCUGGUUUCUCAGUUCCAGCUGCAGAACACAGCACAAUCACUGCCUGGGGAAAGGACCAUGAGAAGGACGCUUUUGAACACAUCAUCAAGCAGUUCCCCUCUGUCCCCGUGUCAAUCGUCAGCGACAGCUACGACAUCUACAACGCCUGUGAGAAGAUCUGGGGGGAGGACCUGAGGGGUCUGAUCGAGAUGAGGAGCGCAGACGCCCCGCUGGUGGUCCGACCGGAUUCAGGAAACCCUCUAGACACAGUGCUAAAGGUCCUAGAAAUUUUAGGAAAGAAAUUUCCUCUGGUUGAGAACUCUAAAGGCUAUAAGGUGCUUCCGCCCUACAUCCGAGUCAUUCAGGGCGACGGUGUGGACAUCAAUACUUUACAGGAGAUUGUGGAGGGCAUGAAAGAGCACAGAUGGAGCAUCGAGAACAUCGCGUUUGGCUCAGGAGGAGCACUGCUGCAGAAACUGACCCGAGAUCUGCUCAACUGCUCUUUUAAGUGCAGUUAUGUGGUGACGAACGGACUGGGCGUCAACGUCUUCAAAGACCCUGUCGCAGACCCCAACAAAAGGUCAAAGAAGGGUCGGCUUUCUCUUCACAGGACGCCAAGUGGAGAUUUUGUUACUCUGGAAGAGGGGAAGGGUGAUCUGGAGGAAUAUGGAGAGGACUUGCUGCACACUGUGUUCAGAAACGGGAAGAUUGUAAAGACGUACACCUUCGAUGAGGUCAGAGACAAUGCCAAGCUGAAGGAGAGCGAAUUGGAGGAUCUGCUGCUCUGAGAGUGUCUCCCAUCAGCCCUCUCUCCACCCACACCCACCCGAGAGAACCUGCGUCCCGACAGACGUGAGGACACGCAGUUACCCCACGUUCAGUGUACAGAGCUGUUCUAUGUUUCUGUCUACUGACUCCGCUACGCUUCAGUGUCUCUUUCUAACGGCGGAUGAGAGCAGUUAUCAUGCUAUUUAAAUCAUUUAACUGUGUAUUUGACCAAGUGUGCUAUUGAUCACACGUCUUUGCAGGAAUGGAGACGUUUAUGUGUGCGUAUACCGCGAGAAGAUUUCGCUUUGCUUGACUGUAGGACUGAAAGGUAAUCGUUCCGUGUUUGUUGAAUGUGAAUGUUUGUGUGUAGGGUUUAUCACUUUAGCCAAGGAUUGAUCUAUUCCUUUAUGCAAAGGAGACGGCUGAACUAGAGGGAUACUUUCAUUCUCUUUCAUUGGCCUUGUGUUUAUUUGAUGUCAUUUCUGGUUUUAUUUGAAAGAUGAAACCUAAAAGAGCAUGUUUAGGUCGCAUUUCACCCUAAAAUCAAGAGGAAAAAAUAAGAAACUUCAUUUUGCAUUAAGAAAUUAGCAUUUUUGCUUUAUUUCCAUGACAUUUAAGCAUAUUUUACCACCAAUUCCCAUUACUAUAUACUGUGUCCAGAUUUUUUACCUUAAUUUUUUACUGUAAUUCUUAACAUUUUCAAUGGUGAUUCUCAGUAAUCAUUCUUUGAAAAUAUUAAAUGUUGUUACUGUUAUGCAGU